UAAACCGUUUUUACUGACAGUCUAAAUAUUCUGGUUGGAUCACCCUGGCCCCUGGGGCUUGUGAAAGUUCGUAGCCCCACCACCGCCCUCCCCCCAUUUCCCAAAGCAAACUUGCCUCCCACUUUCACACUUAAAACCCAACCCAUCCCCAUACUCUCCACACAUUGAUCAUGGCAGUCAGCAACAACAUCACAGCCAUCCUCAACUUCGUUGCUCUUAUGUGCUCCAUCCCCAUAAUCUCCGCCGGCAUAUGGCUGGCCUCCAAGCCCGACAACGAGUGCAUCCACUGGCUCCGUUGGCCCCUCGUCUUCCUCGGUAUAGCUUUCCUCGUUGUCGCCCUCACCGGAUUCGUUGGCGCCUACUGGAAAAAGGAAGGCCUUUUGGGGGUCUACUUGGUUUGCAUGUUUAUCCUCAUAGUUCUGUUGCUGGUGCUCCUCGUGCUCGCUUUCGUCGUGACGCGCCCCGACGGCUCGUACCCCGUGCCCGGAAUGGGGUUCCGGGAGUACAGGCUGGAGGGGUUCUCGUCUUGGCUUAGGGAUCAUAUUACCGGCAAUGAUAAUUGGGGGAAGAUAAGGGCUUGUUUGGCGGAUUCCCAGAUUUGUCCGAAGCUUAAUCAGAAGUUUAUUUCCGCUGCCGAUUUCUUUGCUGCGCAUCUUUCUCCUAUUGAGUCCGGGUGCUGCAAGCCUCCGACGAUGUGUGGGUUCCAAUAUUCAAGCCCUACUACUUGGGUCGGCCCGUCUAACAUUGCAGCAGAGGCCGAUUGCACGAUCUGGAACAACGAUCCGAGCCAGUUGUGCUAUAACUGCGACUCUUGCAAGGCCGGUCUGCUAGGAAACCUUAGGCAUGAAUGGAGAAAAGCCAACAUAAUACUGAUCAUAACUGUGGUGGUCUUGAUUUGGGUUUAUCUCAUUGCUUGCAGCGCAUACAGGAACGCUCAAACCGAAGAACUUUUCCGCAGGUACAAACAAGGUUGGGCUUAACUUAAACAGUAGCCUGACCAACACUUAGUCUCGUGUUCCACAUCGUAACACUUUCUACUAAUUGUUACACGCAUGCGUUACCGAUGAGCUGAAGUUGUGUCUUUACGACUUUUGAUGUGUCGUUGUUUGUGAGUUUGUGUAUAUUCUUUGUAGCUUGUACUAUUCUAUCAAAGGUUUAUGGACUUGAAAGCAAGAGAAAGGGUUUGGAGGUGGAGUGUGGAGCAUCCACCACAUGUUCAUAUUCUUGCUUAUCAUGUUAGAAUGAGAAUCUAUCCCUACUCUUUACCCUUUUCCCUUU